AUGGGGGCCAUCUUGAUUCAAAAAUCCAACAUGUUCGUCAAGAUCGAGAAGACCGACAAGGGUGAGAUCAAGAGCCAGAAGUGGAUGCGGUUGACGCCAGUGCGGGAGCACGUCGGGGGCAUCGUCGAUCGCCAAUUGUCGCCGUUGCCGCGCCGCCCGCAGGCCGCCGACGACGCGGAGAGCCACGUGCCCAGCUUGACGGAGGUCGAGGAGCACAAGUCGGUGUUCCACGCGGACCAGCCCGACUUGUGGCGCCGCAGGACGUGGUUCGACGAUUGGAAGUUCGCGAAGGCGAAGAAGGAGAGGACGCCGCUCAGGGCUGUGGUGCCCGCGACGCUGCCCGCCCCGCUCGAGGCCGACGGACUCGGCGCUGCCAUUAUGGGCAGGACCGGCUCGGCGGCGCCCGCGCCGUUUAAGGGCGGCGCUGGGCGCAGCUGCCCCGUGCGCGGUCUCGAGCGCCUGGCGCCGCGCAGGGCGGGGAGCGCCCGGGACGAUCGUGGCCCCGUGCGGGGGCCCCCGGGGCUGGCCGAGGUCGGCGCGGUGCUCUACGAGAGGGGCGCAGUGCCUGCGCCUGUGCACGGUGGCACGGUGGCGGAUCCGUUCAAGCCUCCGAAGGUCCAUUUCACGACGAAGAUCUACCACUGCAACGUCAACUCGAACGGGGCCAUUUGCCUCGACAUCCUGAAGGACCAGUGGAGCCCGGCGCUAACCAUAUCGAAAGUCUUGCUCUCCAUCUCGUCGCUCCUCACGGACCCGAACCCGAACGAUCCUCUGGUGCCAGAGAUCGCCCAGCUGUACCUGAAGGACCGCGCGAAGCACGACCAGACGGCCCGCGAGUGGGUGCAGAAGUACGGCACCUGA